AUGUUCUCCGCGGCUCGCCGCCUCCUCACGUCCCGCGCCCGCGCCUUCGCCUUGGCGGCGGCCGCGCCCUACUCCCACUCCGCCGGGGCGUCCCCGUCGCGGCCUCGCUUCCCGACGCCCAAGGAGAUCCGUAGGGGCUUGGACGAGUUCGUCGUCGGCCAGGACAAGGCCAAGAAGGUGCUCUCUGUUGCUGUGCACAAUCACUACAAGAGGAUAUACAAUGAGUCAUCAAAUAAGUGUUCCGCAAAGAGCUUGGUGCGUGGUGGUGGUGCUACGAGCUGUGAUGAUGACAUUGAGCUUGAAAAGAGUAACAUCCUUCUGAUUGGGCCGACAGGGACAGGUAAAACAUUGUUAGCAAAAACGUUAGCUCGGUAUGUGAAUGUGCCAUUCGUGAUUGCUGAUGCAACAACAAUUACACAGGCUGGAUAUUCUGGUGAGGAUGUGGAAUCUGUAAUCUACAAACUUCUAGCGGCUGCUGACUUCAAUGUUCAGGCUGCAGAGCAUGGUAUUGUGUACAUUGACGAAGUUGAUAAGCUCACAAAGAAGGCCGACUGCCGUGAGGGUCGAAGGGAUGUAUCUGGUGAGGGUGUGCAGCAAGCGUUGUUAAAAAUGUUUGAAGGAACAGUCAUCAGCGUGACAAGAAAAAGAAGUCAAGAUAAUAUACCCCAGGGUUAUGUUGAGGUCGAUACACGAAACAUACUUUUCAUUUGUGGAGGUGCCUUCUUUGGCUUGGAAAAGAUAGUCUCAGAAAGACAUCAACAUUAUCCUGUUGGAUUUGGCAUACCAAUAUGUCAUGAGCUGCGGAACUGCAGCUGGACAACUGCUCUUCAGGAAUCUUGCUCUAUUGAUGUUGAAAAUGAUGAUCUUAUUGCCUACGGCUUGAUCCCAGAAUUCAUUGGAAGGUUGCCAAUAACAGUUGGCCUGACUAAUCUUAGUGAAGAGCAAUUGGUUCAAGUGCUCAGGGAGCCCAAAAACGCAAUAGGAAAGCAAUACAAGAAGCUAUUCAAAAUGAAUGAUGUCAAGCUUCAUUUCACUGAUAAUGCUUUGCGGAUGAUAGCAAAGAAGGCAAUCGCAAAAGAAUCAGGAGCCCGAGGGCUGCGGUCUAUAAUGGAGGACAUUUUGACAGAAGCAAUGUUUGAGAUUCCUGAUGCUAGAGAGGGGAAAGAGAAGGUAAUUGCCGUUCUUGUCGACGAAGAGUCUGUAGGACCACUACACCAUCGAGGAUGUGGAGCAAAAAUUUUUCGGGAUGAUGGAGCCUUGGAACUGUAUGUUUACCACAACAAUAUCAAGCUGCCCGGGCUGAUUCAGAGCAACCCCAGACGCAGACGCAUUUUUCGGCUCUGCCUUCUAGUCGCAUUAUCAGCAACAAAGCUUUGGAUUUACCAGACAUUUCCUUGGUUUUCAUCGAUAUAUGAAUGGAUUGUAUUGAUGCUAUGCAAGGUCAACACUUUUACACAAUGA